AUGAAACUUCCCCAAGGUUAUCAACCAAAACACCCAAUUCCCCACAAUGCCGUUUGCAAACUCCAAAAAGGCAUAUACGGCCUUAAACAAUCAUCUCGCCAAUGGUAUGCAAAAUUGAGUACCACAUUACUUCAACAUAACUUCAUCCAAUCUCCAAACGAUCAUUCUCUAUUCAUUCGAAACCAAUCUGGUAUAUUCAUGGCUCUCCUCAUAUAUGUUGAUGACAUAGUCAUUGCCACCAACAACAUCCCUGCCAUGAACACUUUCAUUACCACCCUUGACACCAGGUUUAAACUUAAGGACUUAGGCCCUCUUCGUUUUUUCCUUGGCUUGGAGAUUGCUCGAUGUUCAAAAGGGAUAUCAGUUUCAAAAAGACCCUUUACUCUACAACUCUUACAAGAUUCAGGAUGUCUUGGUUCUAAACCGGUUUCUACUCCCGUGGAACCCAAUAACAAACUAAGUAAUGAUUCAGGGGAAUUACUUCACAAUCCUACCUCUUAUAGGAGUCUCAUAGGGAAACUCCUAUACCUGACUAUCACACGACCUGACCUUAGUUUUGUCGUAAAUAAACUUAGUCAGUAUCUUCAAGCCUCUCGACUCCCUCAUAUGCAAGCUGCCACACGCAUUCUCCAUUACUUAAAGAACUCACCAGGACAAGGCCUUUUCUUUUAUGCUUCUCCAACCGACACUGUUCAACUCAAAGCUUUUGUCGAUGCAGAUUGGGGUGCAUGCCUCGACACAAGACGUUCUAUAACAGGCUACUGCAUAUUUCUCGGCCAAUCCCUGAUCUCCUGGAAGUCUAAGAAACAACAAACCAUCUCUCGAUCCUCCGCAGAAGCAGAAUAUCGAGCAAUGGCUCAUGCAACUUGUGAACUCACAUGGUUAACUUCAAUUCUCAAAGAUUUCUACAUCAACAUGACACUCCCUUCCACUCUUCACUGUGAUAACAAUGCUACCAUCCAUAUAUCAGAAAAUCCAGUUUAUCACGAACGAACAAAACAUGUUGAGAUCGAUUGCCAUACAGUUCGAGAAAAGAUCAACCAAGGUGUUCUUCGCAUGAGCCAUGUUCCAUCCAAAGCCAACUUAGCCGACAUACUCACUAAACCCCUCUUUCCAAGUCACUUUAAAGAUAUUGUAUCCAAGUUGGGCGUUCGAGAUUUCUACGCUCCAACUUGA